AUGCUCGCUGCAGGGGUCGGAGGUCAGGGCGAGCGUCUCCCGGGCCGAAGGAGGAAGAUGGCGGUGGAAUCGCGCGUUACCCAGGAGGAGAUUAAGAAGGAGCCCGAGAAGCCGAUCGACCGCGAGAAGACCUGCCCGCUCCUGCUACGGGUCUUCACCACCAACAACGGCCGCCACCACCGCAUGGACGAGUUCUCCCGCGGGAACGUGCCCUCGAGCGAGCUGCAGAUCUACACCUGGAUGGAUGCAACCUUGAAAGAACUGACUAGUUUAGUAAAGGAAGUCUACCCAGAAGCCAGAAAGAAGGGCACACACUUCAAUUUUGCAAUUGUUUUUAUGGAUCUUAAAAGACCUGGAUAUAGAGUUAAGGAGAUUGGCAGCACCAUGUCUGGCAGGAAGGGCACCGAUGACUCCAUGACCCUGCAGUCACAGAAGUUCCAAAUAGGGGAUUAUCUGGACAUAGCCAUCACUCCUCCAAAUCGGGCCCCUCCUUCAGGACGGAUGAGACCAUACUAAAUUCUAUUGACUUUCUUGAAGUUAUUUUUCAGCCAGUUUGUAAAAUAAACUUACUUAAUCUUUUCCUCCCUUGAA